GGAACUGUUUGUUACUGCUUGUUUCAGGCCGGCCUUGUGAAAGGAACGCACAGCACAUAGUUGACAGUGGUGUGUUACUUACUAACAUGCUCAGUUCCAAGUCCUAAAGCCGUGUUUAAAUUGAGCUGUCUUUGUUUCACACAGAGUGUACUAUACUAGACUGAAGCACCUCUUGAUAAAUACAACGGUGGAUUACUGACCAUGACGUCUCUGAGUGGUAGCGGUCCCUCAACCACAGAGUACACUGUGCGAGUCCCCAAAAACACCAGCAAAAAGUACAACAUCAUGGCUUUCAACGCAGGGGACAGGGUCAACUGCUCAAGCUGGACACAGGCCCGAAUGGAAAGAGACAUGAGCGCUCGGCGAAUAUACGGGGAAGAGGAGACACCGGAGAGCGGGGCGGGCAGCGAGUUCGGCAAAAAGCAGCGCGAGGAGGCUCGGCGAAAAAAGUUUGGAAUCGUGACCCGAGAGUUCAAAGUGGAGGACCAGCCUUGGAUCCUAAAGGUCAAUGGCAAAGCUGGCAAGAGGUUUAAAGGUAUAAAGAAGGGCGGAGUUACAGAAAAUGCGUCCUACUACAUUUUCACCCAGUGCCCAGAUGGAGCUUUUGAAGCCUUUCCAGUUCACGGGUGGUACAACUUUACACAGCAGGCGAAACAUCGAACGUUGACCGCUGAAGAAGCCGAAGAAGAGUGGGGAAGACGGAACAAGGUUGUUAACCACUUCAGCAUCAUGCUUCAGAGACGCCUUCGGGAGCAGGGGGGUUGCGAGGACGAUGAAGACGAGACAGAAAAGGGUGGGAAGAAGAAAAAGAAGGGGGGGCAGAAAGGUGGCGACCUGCGCCUACACGACCUCGAUGAUGACCUGGAGAUGAGCAGUGACGACAGUGACAGCAGCAUGGGAGAAGAUGGAGAAAGCAAGGCAAAGGCAAAAAAGGACUUGGGAAAAGGGAAAGCGAAGAAGAAGAAGCAAAAGAGCCAUGAUAAGGAGGCCAUUGAAGAGAGUGACGAUGGAGAUUAUGAGGGUCUAGAAGUGGAUUAUAUGUCAGAGGAAAGCAGCUCGGACGAAGAGCCCGCAAACGAGAAGCCCAGCAAAGCAGAGGAGCACCCUAAAGGUAUUGAUGAGAUGUCAGAGAGCGAGGAAGAGAGUGAGGAGGAGAAACAGAAUGAAGAGGAAGCAAAAGAGGAAGAAGAGGAGGAAGGGAAGAAAACCCCGGUUCAGGUGGAAAACAAGAAGAAAAAAGACAGCAGCGGCGAAUCGGACAGCUCCGAUGACAGCGACAUCGAGGGGGAGACUGCUUCUGCUUUGUUCAUGAAGAAGCGCACACCUCCUAAACGGCCGGGUGGACGCGGCUCCGCGGGCAGCUCCAGGACGGGCAGUCGCCCGGGGACGCCCUCCAUAGACUCUGCCUCCACCUCCAGCACACUGCGAGCUGCUGCCAGCAAGCUGGAGCAAGGGAAGAGGCAAAUUCAGGCUGCGGGUACCGACUCGCCAGCUGCCAAAAGGCUGAAGAUGGAGCCCAGCAGUCAGAGCCCCGUCCCCUCAGGGAAGAGCACACCCCAACCCCCGUCAGGCAAAUCCACUCCGAGCUCAAGUGACGUGCAGCUGACGGAGGACGCUGUCCGUCGCUACCUGAUCCGUAAGCCGAUGACCACCAAGGACUUGCUGAAGAAGUUCCAGACAAAGCGCACGGGUCUGAGCAGCGAGCAGACGGUCAACGUGCUGGCCCAGAUCCUGAAGCGGCUCAAUCCGGAGCGCAAGAUGGUCAACGACAAAAUGCACUUCUACCUCACGGAGUGAGCAGGCGGUGGGGGUAAUGAUGAAACCGACGUGACCAGGUGUUUGGUCCUGGUGCUUGGAGAGGAGGCGUAACAAAGGUUGUGCUCUCGUGUCACGGCUGUUCAAAGAAUACAUUUAUUGAAGUAGUUUCGUUGAACUUUUCUUCAUUUGGUUGAGCCUGAACUCGUAAGUUGGAGCCGUUGGUAAUGUUUUAGGAAAAACAAUGUUUUCAACUGCAAGUGUGGACUUGGAGCUUAGUCUUUAGCUUCUUCAAAACUUUUAUAAUAAAAUUUGAAACUGA